UGCUGGGAAUGGGGUGAGAAUUUGGGAAUUUGCAGCACUGCCAAGGAUGGGACAAUUCCCUUCCCAGAGGGAAUUCCUCUGGCAUGGCCAGGAAAGCAGCUCAGGCUGCACCAGGACGGCCCUGCAAUCCCAAAUUCCUGGAAAAUCUUUGGGAAUGCCGCGGAAGGCAGGAAACAUCCCAGGGAUUUUAUGCCUCAGGUUUGGCUCGGAAUGUUUGGUGGGAUCCCGUCCCAGCUCCCAGCUGGAUUUGUUUUCCUGGAGAACAUCCAUGAUCCCGCUGUGAUCCCAGGAAAGGGAGAUGCUUGGCACCUGGAAAGAAUUCCAAGGAUUCUGAUCUCCUGCUGGCACCGAGCAGGAUCUGGGAUCUGUGUCCCGGCCUCACCCUGCUGGAGCAGCUUCUCCAUCGGCACUGGAGAUUCCAGCUUUUCCAGCAGCAUUCCUGAAUUCCCAGAGGCACCAGAGAUCCCUGAAUUCCCAUGAGCAUCCCUGAAUUCCAGCAAUACCAAUGAUCCCUGAAUUCCCAUUAGGAGUAGAGACCCCAGAAUUCCCAUUAGGAGCAGAGAUCCCUGAAUUCCCAUUAGGAGCAGAGAUUCCCUGAAUUCCCAGCCGGAGUAGAGAUCCCUGAAUUCCCAUUAGGAGCAGAAAUCCCAGAAUUCCCAUUAGGAGCAGAGAUCCCUGAAUUCCCAUCAGGAGCAGAGAUCCCAGAAUUCCCACUAGGAGCAGAGAUCCCUGAAUUCCAGCGGGACUGGAUCCGGGCACCCCAUUCCCAGAGUGGCGCAGCCGAAUCCCGGCUGGAAUUCCCGAGCCGGGAAUGGGAAGAGCGGAUCCCGCGGGAUGCGGCCCCGUGCGCGGAGAAUUCCCGGAUCCGGGAGCGCCUCGGGCUCCCUCUCCUGGCGCUGCCGGGAGGAAUCGCUGCGGAAAUCUUGGAAUGGGAAUCUCGCCGGGAGCACGGCUGUGGUCACCGCGGGGACGCGGCGCAUCCCUUGGGAUGAGCGGAAUUCCAUAGAAACUCAGGAUCAGGGAUCUGAGCAGGGGAUUCGGGAAUUCCUUCAACAUCGACACCAAGAGGCCCCAGAUCAUCGCGGGAUCCAGGGAAUCUUUUUUUGGAUACACGGUGCAGCAGCACGACAUCGGCGGCAAGAAAUGGCUGGUGGUGGGAGCUCCGUACGAAUCCAACGGGCAGCAGAAGACCGGAGACGUCUACAAGUGUCCGGUGCUGAGUGAUGGCCACGGAAACUGCACCAAGCUCAACUUGGGGCGGGUGACGCUGUCCAACGUGUCCGAGCGCAAGGACAACAUGCGCCUGGGCCUGAGCCUGGCCACCAACCCCAGGGACAGCAGCUUCCUGGCCUGCAGCCCCCUGUGGUCCCACGAGUGCGGCAGCUCCUACUACACCACGGGAAUGUGCUCCCGCGUCAACUCCAACUUCCGCUUCUCCAGAACCGUGGCUCCGGCUCUGCAGAGAUGCCAGACCUACAUGGACAUCAUCAUCGUUCUGGAUGGAUCCAAUAGCAUUUAUCCGUGGGUUGAAGUCCAGCACUUCCUGAUAAAUAUCCUGAAAAAGUUUUACAUCGGUCCUGGACAGAUCCAGGUGGGAGUUGUCCAGUAUGGAGAGGACGUGGUCCAUGAGUUCCACCUGAACGACUACAGGUCCGUGCAGGACGUGGUGGCGGCUGCCAGCCACAUCGAGCAGCGAGGGGGCACCGAGACCAGGACCGCCUACGGCAUCGAGUUCGCUCGCUCGGAAGCGUUUCGGAAAGGUGGCCGGAAAGGGGCAAAGAGAGUAAUGAUUGUCAUCACAGAUGGAGAGUCCCACGACAGCCCAGACCUGGAGAAGGUGAUCGAGGACAGCGAGAGGGACAACGUCACCAGAUACGCGGUGGCGGUCUUGGGUUAUUACAACAGGAGAGGAAUCAACCCCGAGGCCUUUCUGAACGAGAUCAAAUUCAUCGCCAGCGACCCCGACGACAAACACUUCUUCAACGUCACCGACGAGGCGGCGCUCAAGGACAUCGUGGAUGCUCUGGGAGAAAGGAUUUUCAGCCUGGAAGGAACCAACAAGAACGAGAUCUCCUUUGGACUGGAAAUGUCCCAGACUGGAUUUUCAUCCCACGUUGUGGAAGACGGGAUCCUGCUGGGAGCAGUGGGAGCCUACGACUGGAACGGAGCCGUCCUGAAGGAGACCAGCAGCGGGAAGGUGAUUCCUCUGCGGGAAUCCUACCUGCAGGAAUUCCCGGAGGAGCUGAAAAACCACGGAGCCUAUUUAGGUUACACCGUCUCCUCCGUCGUCUCCACCAAGCACGAGCGGAUUUACGUGGCGGGAGCGCCGCGGUUCAACCACACCGGCAAGGUCAUCCUGUUCAACAUGCACAGCAACAGGAACCUCACCAUCCACCAGGCCCUCAAGGGAGAGCAGAUCGGCUCCUACUACGGCAGCGAGAUCAGCUCCCUGGACGUGGACGGCGACGGCGUCACCGACGUGCUGCUGGUGGGAGCGCCCAUGUUCUUCAGCGAGGGCAGGGAGCGGGGCAAGGUCUACGUCUACAGCCUGCAGGGGAACCUCUUAGUUCCCAGCGGAGCCCUGGUGGACCUCCAGAGUUACCAGAAUUCCCGUUUCGGCUCCUGCAUCGCCGCCGUUCCCGACCUCAACCAGGACUCCUACAACGACCUGGUGGUCGGGGCCCCUCUGGAGGAUGAGCACCAAGGAGCCAUUUACGUUUUCCUUGGAUUCCAGGGGACCAUCCUGAAGAAGUACAAGCAGAGGAUCGCGGCCGCCGACCUCGCUCCGGGCCUGAUGUAUUUUGGAUGCAGCAUCCACGGGCAGCUGGAUCUGAACGAGGACGGGCUGGUGGACUUGGCCGUGGGCUCGCUGGGCAGCGCCGUGGUGCUGUGGUCCCGCAGCGUGGUCCAGAUCAACGCCAGCCUCCGCUUCGAGCCCGCCAAGAUCAACAUCUUCACCAAGGACUGCAAGCGCAACGGGAAGGAGGCCACCUGCAUGAGGGCCUUCGUCUGCUUCACCGCCCUCUUCCUCUCCGCUCACUUCCAGACCGCCAGCGUGGGGCUCAGGUACAACACGACCAUCGACGAGCGCCGCUACUCGCCCCGGGCACACCUGGACGACGGCGGCGAGCGGGCGGCAGCGCGGGGGCUGGAGCUGCCCGCCGGCCAGGAGCUCUGCCACACCCUCCCCUUCCACGUCCUGGACACGGCGGAUUACGUGAAGCCGGUGACGUUCUCCAUCGACUACGAGCUGGAGCAUCCCGAGCACGGCCCCAUGCUGGACGAUGGGUGGCCCACCUCGCUCAGGGUCUCUGUCCCCUUCUGGAAUGGCUGCAACGAGGACGAGCACUGUGUCCCCGAUCUGGUGCUGGAUGCCAGAAGUGACAUUCCCAGUGCCAUGGAAUUCUGCCGGAGGGCGCUGCGGAGGGGGGACUGCUCGGCCUUCAGCCUCUCCUUCGACGCCUCCGUCUUCGUCAUUGAGAGCAGCAGGAGAAGGGUGGCCGUGGAGGCCACGCUGGAAAACCGUGGGGAGAACGCCUACAGCACCGUCCUCAACAUCUCCUUCUCCAGGAACCUCCAGCUGGCCAGCCUGAUCCCCAAGGACGACACCGACAUCAACAUCGACUGCGCCGGUGACGACAGACACCCCACCAGGAGGGUGUGCAACGUCAGCUACCCCUUCUUCCGAGCCAAGGCCAAGGUCGCUUUCCGCCUGGACUUUGAAUUCAGCAAAUCCGUCUUCCUGCAGAGCAUGGAGGUCUACAUGGUUGCCAGCAGUGACAGCGAGGAGAAGGAGAGCACCAAGGAGGACAACGUUGCCCACCUCAACUUCCAACUCAAGUACGAGGCCGACCUGCUCUUCACCAGGACAUCGAGCCUGGACUAUUUCGAGAUCAGAUCCAACAAUUCCCUGGAUGGAUCCAACCCCAUCGGGCCCCCCUUCCACUGCACCUUCACGCUGCAGAACCUGGGAUUCUUCCCGGUGCAAGGGGUGACCCUAAAGAUCACCGUGCCCGUGGCCACCCGGGCGGGCAACCGGCUCCUGCUGCCCACGGAAUUCCGGGCAGACCAGGAAAACACGACCUGCAGCAUCUGGGGGAACAGCACUGACUACCGGAGAACCCCGGCGGAGGAGGACCUGUCCCGCACCCCACACCUGAACCACAGCAACUCCGACGUGGUUUCCAUCGACUGCGAGGUGAAAUUGGCCCCCAACGAGGAGCUGAACCUGCACUUGCGUGGGAAUCUGUGGAUGAAGUCUCUGAAAGCACUGAAGUUCAAGGCACUGAAGCUCACCACGAUCGCCGCGCUCCAGCGGCGCUUCCGGAGCCCCUUCGUUUUCCGGGAGGAGGAUCCCAGCCGCCAGAUCACGUUCGAGAUCUCCAAGCCCGAGGAAUGGCAGAUUCCCAUCUGGAUCAUCCUUGGGAGCACCUUCGGAGGUCUCCUGCUCCUGGCCCUGCUGGUCCUGGCACUCUGGAAGCUCGGGUUCUUCAAGAGCGGGAGCCGGCGGCGAGCGGCCGAGCAGGAGCAGAAUUCCCACGGGAUGGAGUGACUCUGCCGGGGCCAGGAGCCCCCUCCCAGCUCCGGAGAUUCCCGGGAUCCCGAGGGAUUUGGGGGCUGAGCUCGGCUUUGCAGCAGGAUGAGAGAACACUCCUUGUGGGACAGCACUUAAAAGCCAUAAAAACCCCUCAAACCCACUGAAAAUUCCCCAAAAAUCUCCUCGGAGGUGCUUCCAACUGGGAUUCCAUAAAAAACACCUCAAACCAAUGGAAAAUUCCCCAAAAAUCUCCUCAGAGGUGCUUCCAACUGGGAUUCCAUAUAAAAACACCUCAAACCAACCAAAAUUCCCCAAAAGAACUCCUCAGAGGUGCUUUCAACUGAGAUUCCAUUAAAAAAAACCUCAAACCAAACAAAAAUUCUCAAAAAAUCUCCCCAGAGGUGCUUUCAACUGGGAUUCCAUAAAAAACACCUCAAACCAACCAAAAGUCCCCAAAAAUCUCCUCAGAGAUGCUUUCAACUGAGAUUCCAUUAAAAAAAACCCUCAAACCAAACAAAAAUUCCCAAAAAAUCUCCCCAGAGGUGCUUUCAACUGGGAUUCCAUAAAAACACCUCAAACCAACCAAAAAUUCCCCAAAAAUCUCCUUAGAUGUGCUUUCAAUGGGCAUUCCAUAUAAAAACACCUCAAACCAACCAAAAAUUCCCAAAAACAAUCUCCUUGGAGGUGCUUCCAACCGGGAUUUGAGGUGGCAGCAGUGGGGACGAGGGGACACCGACAUGAGGGGUCCCUGAUGUGGGGCUGGAAAACUCCUUAAAAUAAUAAUAUUAUCCCAAAAAAAGACCCCAUGGAUUGCUCCUUCCCGUGGCGGAGCUGUCGCAGAUCCCGGGCUCUGCUGGCCGCGGCUCUCAAACUGCCUUCGUUAAGAGGAGUAAUUAAGCGGAGGCGUUAAUUAGUCUGAAUGCACUGAAUGAAAUUCUUGUGAUUUCAAGCACCUUAAAUAAAUGCCAAAUCUCCGGUGUCCAGCUGUACGUAAUUCUUCUAAAAACAGGAAGGAAAGGAGGGGGGGAAAAUUUAAAAAUCCUGCCAGAAAUUAAAAAAAAAAAUAAAAGAAGAAAAAGGAAAAAAAAAACCAACAAACUUAGAAAUAAUUUCGGAAAAAAUUUUAAAUGGUUUAAAAAAUGAAUUAAAAAGCAGUUUGAUGAGUUGUGUCCCAGCAGAGCAGUUUGGGGAGCCCACGUGUAUCAUACCUGUACAUAGCUGGUGCCAUGGAAAUCAUGGAAUUGUGAGGGCGGGAAUGCGCCCUUGGCAUAGCGGAAUUAUUUAUGCUAAUAUUAAUUUUAUGGAGAAGAGGGAAGCGGAUUUUUCUGGAUGCAGGAUGAGGUUCAGGAAAUACUGUUCCUGGUAUUUUUUAAGGAAUAAAAACACGGUAUUUUAAAAA